GGGACGGAGCGGGGCUGCGGCACUGCUGUGUAACGGGCCGCUCUCCCUGGGGAGGCUGCCUGCUGUUUCCCGGGGAGAUCAUGAAACGCCAGCGGCUUCCUAGCAGCAGCGAGGACUCUGACGACAAUGGCAGUCUGUUUACCUGGUCCCAGCAUUCCAGAUCUCAACGUCGCAGGACUUCAUGUUCCAGAGAUGAGGACCGGAAACCUUCUGAGGUGUUCAGAACGGACCUGAUCACUGCCAUGAAGUUACAUGACUCCUUCCAGCUGAACCCUGAUGAAUACUAUGUGCUGGCAGAUCCCUGGAGGCAGGAGUGGGAAAAGGGAGUUCAGGUGCCAGUUAGCCCAGGGACCAUCCCAGAACCAGUAGCCAGAGUGGUGUCCGAGACUAAAGCCGUCACCUUCACGCGGCCCAGGAAAUUCAUCGUGUCCUCGGGCGCGGAGCCGCCGGAGCUGGGCUACGUGGACAUCCGGACCCUGGCAGACAGCGUGUGCCGCUACGACCUCAACGACGUGGACGUGGCAUGGCUGCAACUUGCCAAUGAAGAAUUCAAAGAAAUGGGGAUGCUGGAGCUGGAUGAGUACACCAUGGAAAGGGUGAUGGAGGAGUUUGAGCAGCGCUGCUACGAUAACAUGAACCACGCCAUCGAGACGGAGGAAGGGCUGGGGAUUGAAUACGAUGAGGAUGUUGUCUGUGACGUCUGUCAGUCUCCAGAUGGAGAGGAUGGCAAUGAAAUGGUGUUCUGUGACAAAUGCAAUAUUUGUGUGCACCAGGCGUGCUAUGGGAUCCUGAAGGUGCCCGAGGGCAGCUGGCUGUGCCGGACCUGCGCGCUGGGCGUCCGGCCCAAGUGCCUCCUCUGCCCCAAGAAGGGCGGCGCCAUGAAGCCCACCCGGAGCGGCACCAAGUGGGUGCACGUCAGCUGUGCUCUCUGGAUUCCAGAGGUGAGCAUCGGAAGCCCUGAAAAAAUGGAGCCCAUCACAAAAGUUUCCCACAUUCCCAGCAGUAGGUGGGCACUCGUGUGCAGCCUUUGUAAUGAAAAAGUUGGAGCUUCUAUACAGUGUUCAGUGAAAAACUGCAGAACAGCCUUUCACGUCACCUGCGCGUUUGACCGCGGCUUGGAGAUGAAGACCAUCUUGGCAGAGAACGAUGAGGUGAAGUUCAAGUCCUACUGUCCCAAGCACAGCUCCACCAAGAAAGCGGAUGCUGAGACUUUGAGUGAAAGCCCAGGUCAGGAGAACAGGAAUGGGAUUCAGGACAGCUCCCUUCCUGCCCACAUGGACCCCUUCCACACCAUGGAUCAAAACCAGGAGGAGGCCCACAGGGUCAGCCUCCGCAAGCAGAAGCUCCAGCAGCUGGAGGACGAGUUCUACACAUUUGUUGAGGCUUUGGAAGUGGCCAAAGUGCUGCGGCUGCCUGAGGAGUCGGUGGAAUUCCUUUACCAGUACUGGAAACUGAAGAGGAAAUCCAAUUUCAAUAAGCCUUUGAUUACCCCAAAGAAGGAUGAGGAGGACAAUCUGGCUAAACGGGAGCAGGAUGUUCUGUUCAGGAGGCUGCAGCUCUUCACACACCUCCGGCAGGACCUGGAGCGGGUGCGUAACCUCACUUACAUGGUGACGCGGAGAGAAAAAAUCAAGAGAUCUGUUUGCAAAGUUCAGGAACAGAUAUUCAACAGCUACACAAAGCAGUUGGAACAAGAAAGAGUUUCAGGUGUGCCUUCCUCAUUCUCCUCCAUGGAAAACACGGUGCUGUUCAACAGCCCGUCGCUGGGCCCCAACGCCCCCAAGAUCGAGGACCUGAAGUGGCAUUCUGCGUUCUUCAGGAAGCAGAUGGGCACAUCUCUGGCCCACUCCUUGAAAAAAACCCACAAGAGAGACAGGGUAAGAGACAGGUCUGGGAACGACAGCAAAUCCCUGCUGAGGCAGCCCAGCCCGAGGGAAGGAGGCGCAGCUCCAGGCAGCUUUUUAAAUUUUGACAAGCCCUUCGCUGAGACACGGGUUGUAUCAGCGCAGCAGAAAAGCAGCGCCGUUCUACCAGAGCACAGGAAGAGAAGAGACAAUCGCCCACAGUGCGAGGUGGCGAAAGCAGAGCUGAAGGAAAAGACUUCUAAACAGAACCACAAACCGCUGAGACCCACGGAACUCUCUCAGAGGCAACUGGAAAACAAAAGGGCUGUGAACCACUCCGGUGGUAGGUCAGCGCCUGGCACUCGGAGGGAUAUAGUGCCUAAAUGUAACGGGGGUCUGGGCAAAGUAAACUCUCAUCAGACAGUAGUUAAAGUGCCUACCACGCCCACGAGCCCGGGGAAAAACUGGGGCGGAUUCCGAAUUCCAAAGAAGGGGGAGAGGCAGCAGCAGGGGGAGAGCCUGGAGGAGACCUGCCGCCAGAACUCCGGCUACCCCUACCUGGGCGUGGGCAGAGUUCCAGCCAAGGAGAGGACGAAAAGCAAGUUAAAGCCUGACAGUGAGAACGAUGGCUACGUCCCCGACGCCGAAAUGAGCGACUCGGAGACAGAAGUGGCUGAGAAGAAGUGCAGGCAGCAGAGGCUCAGUCCCAGCAGCAGCAUCGGCAGGAGGACAGACAUUAUUCGGAGGAGCAUCCUGGCGACCUGACUGGAGACAGCGAUGGGGGCACCAGAGUCACUGCCUACAAGCCAACUCCACCUUACUCAUCAGUGUGAGAGAGGAGCAUUCUUGGAGCUACAGACUGACAAAAUGAAAGGCCAUUUUUUCUGAGUUGUAUAAGUAUGUUUACAUGCACUUAAAGCUGUUUUAAGCUCUUUGGUUUUGUUUUAUUUUGUUGUUUUUUUUUUUUCCUCUGCCCCAUCCACACCCCCCACCCUCCCCAUUUCUGUGAGAAGUUGGAAUCUCCCUUAUUUGCAAUUUUCUUGAGUAGGCAAAAAAGUGACAUCACUACUAAAACAGGAGUUGGGAUGCACAUAGCUCACAAAAAUCUUUUAAAAGGGGCUGGAUGUGGGGUAGGCAGAAUCAGGCUGUAUUCAUCCCUUCUAGCUAAAAGGCACUGAAACUUUGACUCCCUUCCCCUGACUUCUGGAAAAGCACAAGCUCUUAAUUUAACUCGUGUGUAUUGAAUGGAAGAUGGUUGUUAGACCAUACUGCACUGCACUGGUAAGUCCCAGUAGAAAUGCUCUCUGUCCCUGGGCAGGGACAACUCUUUCUUCUCUCUUUGCAGAAUGUGUUCUGUUGUGUUCAGUUUGAGCACAGGUGGCAGCUCAAACUAUGCUCCAGAGUUUACUAAAUGAUGACCAGGCACAGCCACAACGUUGCACUGGAGGAGGAGGAAGGGACAGGGCAGGGCUUGAAAGAUUGGGACUGACACAAAGGAUGUUCCCAAAUGGCUCAGUUCUGAGCAAGGAGCAGGUUUGGGGGUUCCAGCACUCCAUGGAAUAACCUGUCACCCAUAGUCAGGCACCUGCUUUUGGGAGUGUGAUGACAAUUCCAGACAGAAGUUUUCUAUGGCACUAGGCAGGAGGAUUUCCCAAAGGCCACCACAGAUGCACUAAUGAUAUGUACUGGGAGAGUCAGGCUUAUGACACUAAAAGGUUGCUUUAAAUGGACACAAAUAUAUAUUUUUAAAUAGGGUAAAACACAAAGGCAAUACAUUGUGAUUAGCUCUUUACAGUCAAGCAAAGAAAAAACUAUUUCAUUCUAUUAUGGAUUAGAUUUGAUGGAAAAGGGAACUUGUAUUCUGACUGUGUACUUUUUUAAUAAUUGCAAGUGGCAAUAAUGAGUAAGCUGUGAGCAAUAAUAUAAACAGGUCGUGAGGAUACUGUUUUGUACUGAGUAGAGUGAACACAUCGCAGUGGAGCAUUAGGAGCCUGUACAUUUUGGAAUUUUUCAUAGAUGUAGGAGAGGUAUGUACCGGUGAAAAAGUUGUAGCAGCAAUGUGUUAAUGGAGAGACAGGCAUAAAGAGCCUCCUUCUCCUCCCCUUUCCCACUCCCAGCCUGCUGUUACGGCAUCCACUCACCUUGGAAUGCUUGACCUUUGCCUCCCGAGGAGGGAACACUGACAACACACAAUUCCUCUGCCAUAGGACUGAGGAUUCAAUCAGAAAAUAAAAAAGGCUUAAAACCCUAUCUUGCUAUGCAAGGUAAUGUUAUCAAUUAAAUAUUUUACCAGAAUGCAUCCCUGUUAUGUAAGGUAAUACACUUUCAAAAUCCUGUUGCUGGUCCCAAGAAUGAUACAUAACUUACAGAGGUGAUAGUCAGGUAGGGCACUGGUGACUGAGGUUACAUAGUCACUCUUGGGAUGUCUUCAAAGUACAAUCAGCAGACAGAGAAAAGGCCAGUAAGUUCUACUCAACAUCCAGCAACAUUCUCCAGACAGGCACUGGUAUUUUCUGUAAGAAAGAAGCUCAUGACCACACAGGAAUUGUCAAGCCAUAGGUGGAAUACCCUAAAUUUGGAUUCUGAGUAAACCUUUAACCUCACAGCCCUUGGACAGAGGUACCUUGUUAAUUUGCACUAUAUAUCAGGAACGCUUAUGUUGUGCAGAGUGAAUGCCUUAGCUGCUGUGUCCCCUGGCACUGAGGGCAGAAAGCUUUGUGAGGUUUCCAGUGGAGCUGACCCCAAACCAAAAAGGCUGUGGUACGACCAGCUCUGUAAGUUAGUUUUGUCCCUGUGCUUGGCCCUCAGCAGGAGGUGUUACAGGUACUGCAGUGGCAAACCCACCCCGUGUUUUACUGGCAUUUGGUGGAUUUCUGUUUCCAAGCGUGACCUUUCCUUGUGCUGACUGACCAAGAGAUCUUUGAUAUGAUCCGUGUGUUCUGUAGGCUAGCUGAACGUCUGUAGAGUUGCCUGGAAUGCCAUUUGUUAGGUUAUAAACUCACACAGAUCUAAAUGAAGGGUUCAUGUUGUGUACAAAUCUUGAUUUCAGAAGUUUGAGACAAUUGUGAUGACAUUUGUAAAAUUUGUACAGAUUUUUCACUAUGUGCCUAGCUUUGGUGUCCAUUCAGCUGAAAUUAAUUAAAAGGUGCAUGAAGAGAAACAGAAAUAAAAAAGUAUAUGUAGAGAUGACUAUUUUAUAUUACAUGGCCCAAUCCUGUAUUUAUUUUCUCCCUUUUUUGAAGUAUUUCUAAAGACCUAGUUGAAACAGCUGUAUUUUUUGUUAAAAUAUUCCGUAGAAUUGUGCCUUUUGUCUGUAUGUGAAUAAAUGCUGUACAUUUUUGCAGUAUGCU